AUGGAAAUCAAGGACAAUUUCCAGCUUAUGGAAACCAGAGACCGUUCACUGGCAAUGGAAAUCAAGAACAGUUCCCAGGUAACGGAAACCAGAAACCGUUUCCCGGGAGUGAAAAUCAAGGACGGUUCUCAUUCAGUGAAAACCAGGGGCAGUUCUCUCGUAGAGGAAGUAGAGGAAGACAGUGACGUCGGGAAGAAAAAGCUUCGGCACGACUCUGGGAUUCGUUGGCGACAAGCAUCAACUGUGGUUUUUCGCAUUAUUAGAGAUAUGACUGCGUCGUAA